GCCAGCUAUGUCCUGCCUCUAAGCACACACUCUUUAUUUUUUCAGCGUUUUUACCUGCCAAAAAGCUUUCUUUUUUUUGUGUGCUCUAUUUUUGCAUUUGUCCUGCCCCCCCAAAAAAAAUCGUUUGAGCGCUUUGAAGCAGCGGCCAUGUGUGUCAGUGCGCAGGCGGAGAGAAGCGGCGUUGCUCGGCUGCUGAUGCUGCUCCUGCUGGGGGUCUCCGGUUCUUUAUGCAUGGACGUCAUUGUGCCCAGUAAAAUCAACGUCAAGAAUGGGACGGAUAUCAAAAUCCCAUGCACUUUCACUUCCUGCUAUAAGAUAUACCCGCCCAAGUUUGUCAUGAACUGGACCUACCAAGAAACAGUCAACGAAACGGAAAAAAUGUUUAUGGCGUACAACCAGAAGAAAGGAAUGAUGGCCCGGCGGUUGGUCGCGCUGCCAGACCGGGUCCCGUUCGCAGACAGGGUCACGUUCGCAGGGAACCUGGAAAAGAAUGACCUGUCAAUCACCUUGUCAGAUGUUCAGGAGGACGAUGAGGGCUUGUAUCACUGUUACGUGAUCAAUCCCCCGGACCGCAUACACGGACACGGCUUCAUAAAGCUCAAUGUUUUUCCUGAACUGCCGCCGCCGAGAGACUCCACCAUUGCGGUUGCGAUCGGGGCGUCAGUGGGCGGAGUGCUCGCUCUCCUCAUCCUUUCCAUGGUCGUCGUGAAAUUCCUCCGUCAUCAUCUCAAGCAGGAACUGAUCUCGGAGGAGAAGACGGAGGAAGAGGGGAAAUUAGAGGCUGAAGGUGCCACAGAAGAGGGAACAAAACAAGCGUAAAUGGAGCAUGAGACUGGACAAGUAGCCUGCAGAGCCAUCACCUCUCCCGGUGCAACCAUCCUCCACAGCAACUGCCUUCUCAGCAUCAAAGUAAAAGGGAUUGACGCUAUAAUCUGCACCUCCGAUACAAACAUGUGAUGGAAAACUUGAGGGAUGAGUGAUAGGAAGUCAUGUCAUUUAUACAAUGGUACCUCGUUUUUUUGUUUUUUUUUGCCUUUAACUUGAAUCAUACAGAAACAAAUAAAAAUUGUAAUAAUGCAAAUUAAAUCAAUCUGGUUCCGAUUCCCGAAAAUAUGUACCCGAAACACAUUUUAUGGAGAAAAAUUGUAGUUUUACAUUCAGAAAACAAAGAUACAUACACAACAUUAACGAAAUGUAUGAAUGAACAUUUAAAGUAGGGGUCCCCGAACUUUAACUCGGGGUCCGCAUUGGGUUAAAAAAAAUGUGUCUGGGGCCGUAUAGUCGAGGUUUCUGUGGUUUAUCCGUUAUACAGUGCUCAAUACCGGGGUAGAGCGGAAUAUACGCUAUAUCAUCGCUACAAGCCUGUUUUGCAGGUUUCACUUUUAAGAUUUUUAAUCUUAAUCCCCUGACGAGCAGGGAAACCUACAAAAAUCUUUGAAAAAUUAUUUUCUUAUUAUUAUUUUAAAAAAUUUUAAAUCUCAAAAGUGAAACCUGCGAAACAGGCUUGUAGGGA